UCAUUGGUGGAUGAGUGAAAGGGGAAGUUGCUGCUCUGUCUGGAAGUUAGUUAUCUUCUGUCAAUAAAAGUGUUAAACCCAAGACAAAAGGGAAGAUAGUGCUACUUUUAGAGCAUUAUAGAAAAACAAUAACUGUAUUCUGGCUUUUGUUUCUGUAGGAGUCGCAUCCGUCUGUCAUGGAGUUCGGGGAAGAGUCGUCGCCCGCUCUGGCUUUCGACAAGGACGCGUUUGAGCUCACGGUUGAAGAUGUGUAUGACAUUUCAUAUGUAAUCGGGCGAGAUUUGUUAAAAAUAAGCAGCACGGGCGAAGAAGUGUCGGGUUUACAGUUCAGAAUAGUCCGCGUGUUAGAGAUGUUCGAGACUUUGGUUAAUAAGUACAACUUGUCUCUGGAGGAGCUGAAAAUGGAGCGGGACAACCUGAAGAGUGAACUGGACAGGAUCAUCAAGGAGAGCUCCUCUGGGCAGGGCACGCAAACAGCGGGACCAAACCAGCUGGUGGUGGACCUCACAGACCCCAAUAGACCUCGCUUCACCAUGCAGGAGCUGAAGGAGGUUCUUCAGGAGAGGAACCAGCUCAAAGCUCAGCUCAUAGUGGCUCAGGAGGAGCUGCAGCUGUACAAGAGUGGGAUUCUGCCACAGGCUGAACCAGCCAUAGUGGAAGUGGAUCUGGAGACACCAGCACCCACAGAGCACAGUAGAUCCACAAUCAAUGAUGCAAAGGAGGAGAAGACAACCAUAGGCAAACUGUUUUCAUUCAGGCGAAAAUAAGAAAAACCUUUUCACAAGAAUUGACCAUGUAGAAGACAAACGGGAUUUGUCGGCACAAUUUUCUCAUCAUUUGACCACUUUCAUAUUGAUCAUUUUUUACAAUGUUUAUUUUUAAAUCUAACAAGCACUGUAUUUUGUACUGGUAAUUUGUACCUAAGAUUGUUUAUGGUAAUAUAAUUGCUGUAGUAGACAUAUAUAUAUAUAUAUAUAUAUAUAUAUAUAUAUUACGUGGAAAGUUUGGUGAAGAUAUGAAAUGAAACUGGAAAGUAUUAUCCAACUAGUAUUGGAAAUUAUGUUGAAUGCAUUCACUCAAAAUGAAGUUAUUUAAAGGCUUGAAAAUGUUGUUUUAUAAAUCAAAAUUAAGUCUUCAGGGGGCUUUAUGUUGGUCUAGUAAUCUAAAACAAAUGUUCUGUCACUCAACUGUCUAAUAAAGGAAAGAGGGGCCUCACACCCUCAAAAUGUAAAAUAA